AGCAGUGACGCAAUGCAUGGGCGUGUUGUCAUGGCUGUGUGCAGCAGAACCUUUCAGCCUCGUAAAUGCUCGUUUUUUUAGGUAAGGCAAACAUGUCAGCGCGCGUGGCAGACACAAACAUGGAGUGUCAUCUUCCCACGGAGUGAACGCCGUGGACGAAGAGCCGAUUGAGGGCGUGAUCCGAUGCCAAGCGUGACCCGGAUCUCGCUGACUUUUCAUGUGGAGGAGAAGGAUCUGCUGACGUCUCCUCUGGCUGAGUAACCCCCGAUCUGUUCCCGGAAACCACCCUGCUGCCGUCUCUGCCCGCCAUUCCCUCGCCACGAACCAGCUCUGCGGCCCAGCAGCUGCGGCGGCGCAGAAGCAGCGUAGGGUACGCCGCCUCCAAGCCCCUCCCCCUGGGCUCGGCCUGCAGGAGAGGCCCCCAUAGGGGCAGCAUGGAGGUGGGCAUGCGCGUUGUGCGUGGCCUGGACUGGAAGUGGGGUAACCAAGACGACGGGGAGGGGCACGUGGGCACGGUGGUGGAGAUCGGUCGACAAGGCAGCACCACCACCCCGGAUAAGACGGUGGUGGUCCAGUGGGAUAGCGGCACACGGACCAAUUACCGGACCGGGUACCAGGGCGCCUUUGACCUGCUGCUCUAUGACAACGCUCAGAUCGGGGUGCGACACUCCAACAUCAUAUGUGACAGCUGUAAGAAGCACGGCAUCAUGGGAAUGCGAUGGAAGUGCAAAGUGUGCUUCGACUACGACCUGUGCACCCAGUGUUACAUGAACAACAAGCAUGACCUCAGCCAUCCUUUCGAGCGCUACGAAACCGCACACUCGCAGCCAGUGAGCCUGACACCGAGGCAGAACCUCCCACGGAUCAUCCUGAAAGGAAUCUUCCAGGGCGUGAAGGUGGUUCGGGGACCCGACUGGGACUGGGGGAACCAGGACGGCGGGGAGGGGAAGGUUGGGAAGGUAGUGGACAUUCGAGGCUGGGACACAGAGUCUGGUCGCAGCGUUGCAAGCGUCACCUGGUCUAAUGGCACCACAAACGUCUACCGCAUGGGCCACAAGGGCAAGGUAGACCUGAAGUACGUGUCGGAUGGUCAAGGAGGCUUCUACUACAAAGAUCACCUCCCUAAGCUGGGAGAGCAUGCAGAGCUGCAGCGGCAGGAAAGUGCCGACGGCCAUUCCUUCCAGCAAGGCGACAAAGUCAAGUGUCUGUUAGAGGUGGACAUCCUGCGACAGAUGCAGGAGGGCCACGGGGGGUGGAACCCCAAGAUGGCAGAGUACAUCUGCCGGAUCGGGACGGUUCACAGAAUCACCGACCGAGGAGAUGUCCGAGUUCAGUACAGCAACAACAUCCGGUGGACUUUCCAUCCCGGGGCUCUCACCAAGGUGAACACCUUUGGAGUGGGUGAGCUGGUCAGAGUGCUGGACGAGGUGGAGACCGUGAAGAGGCUGCAGGCUGGCCAUGGAGAGUGGACGGACAGCAUGACGCCUGUUCUUGGCCAGGUUGGGAAGGUGUUGAAAGUGUAUGCAGAUGGUGACCUGCGGGUGGCUUUCGGAGGCCAGACGUGGACGUUUAACCCGGCGUGCCUCUCCGCUCAGCCUGUGGACGUGGACGCCAAUCUAAUGACGACAGAGAACCCCAACGAAUCUGGAAGUACGGUCAUUUCCGUGCUGGAGAAGCUGCUGUCCCAGUCCACGGAGCAGGACAACCCCUGCCGGCUGGUCAUCGAGGCCGCGCACGGCAGCGCCGUCAAAGUGAGGGAGCUGGUGCAGAAGCAUCCCGACAAGGUGGACAUCAAGAACCAGGGGAAGACUGCGCUGCAGGUCGCCGCUCACCAGGGCCACAUGGAGGUGGUGAAGGCCCUGCUGCAGGCCAACUGCUCCGUGGAGGUCAAGGAUGAAGACGGAGACACGGCGCUGCACUACGCUGCCUUCGGGAACCAGGCGGAGAUCGCGCGGCUGCUGUUGAGCAAGGGGGCCAACGUCAACCUCCUGAACAACUCCAUGUGCACGGCGCUUCACAUCGCCGUCAACAAGGGCUUCACGGACGUGGUGCGAGUGCUGACCGAACACUCGGCGGACGUCAACCUACAGGACUCGUACGGAGACACUCCGCUUCACGACGCCAUCGCUAAAGACUUCCGCUCCAUCAUCGAGAUGCUGGUGGUGGUGCCCAGCAUCGACUUCACGCAGCAGAACCACCGAGGCUUCAACCUGCUGCACCACGCCGCUCUGAAAGGAAACAAGCUGGCCACAGAGAAGAUCCUGGCCCGGGCGCGACAGCUGGUGGACGUCAAAAAGGACGACGGCUUCUCUGCGCUCCAUUUGGCCGCUCUGAACAACCACAGAGAUGUGGCUGAAGUCCUGGUCAAGGAGGGCCGAUGUGACAUCAACGUCCGCAACAACCGCAACCAGACGGCGCUGCAGCUGGCCGUGACGCAGGGCCACACGGAGCUGGUGCAGCUGCUGGUGGACGAGGGCGCCGACGUCAACAUGGAGGACGAGGACGGAGACACCGCCAUGCACGUGGCCCUGCUCCGCCCACAGCUGGCUAACGUCAUGCUGAGCCCCGCCGUGGGAACCGGCGCCACCGAGGACAACAGCGAGGGCUGUUCGCCCACGACGCUCCACGGCAGGCUAAGCUCCUCGGGUCUUCUGGGAAACGGCGAGCUGAGCGUGGGCACCGCCAUCGCCUGCUUUCUGGCGCAGGAAGGCGCCGACAUCAACUACGCCAACCACAAGGGCAAGAGUCCUCUGGACCUGCUGGCGGACAGCGGCGCGCUGCAGCUCAUCAAGAGCUUCUCUGAGAAGCACAGGUUGCAGCGCCUGCAGGCCAUCACGUGUGGGCAGGGCCUGAGCAGCGCCAGCCUGCGGCGGGUCCACACCACCCCCAAUACCAUGACCAACCUGGUUCUUCCCACACCGCCCGGGCCCAGCGAAUGCCUCAUCUGCUCCGAGCUGGCUCUCCUGGUCCUCUUCUGCCCCUGCCAGCACAGCGUGGCCUGUGAAGAAUGUGCUCACCGCAUGAAGAAGUGCAUUAAGUGUCAGGUCACGAUAACCAAGAAGAUCCGGCAAGACCAAACAGAGGUGGACUGCAGCCCCGGGACGGAGAACUCCGAGCAGCACAACCUGCUGGAGCAGCUGCAGUCCCGCUACCGGCAGAUGGAGGAGCGCAUCACCUGCCCCAUCUGCAUCGACAACCACAUCAAGCUGGUCUUCCAGUGCGGACACGCCUCCUGCAUCGAAUGCAGCGCCGCCCUCAAAACCUGCCCCAUCUGCCGGCAGACCAUCCGCGAGCGCAUCCAGCUGUUUGUCUGAGCCUGCUCCUCAGUGGGGGGUGGGGGGCUGAGCCUCAUUCUCACCCCCGGAGGAGGAGCUGGUGGGGGGGGAAGCUUUGUUCCAUCACAUUUAGUUUGGGUGUCCUGGAACUGAUGGCUUUAAAGGCCCUUCCAGCCGGACGGGUGAUUCUUACCCGAGCCUGAAGGCGUCAGAGGAAAGCGGCGCCGCGGGUGAGGAGGGCCGAAGAGGGUCCCUCACGCCCUCCUCUGCUGACUCCGCCCAGGCCCCAUUUCCCGUCGGAUCGUUGCUGCUUGAAAGUCUGUUACCCAUCAUCCUCUGCGGCUUUCCGGCCUCUUCUGUUUACGCGGCGGCGGCUGCACAGAGGUCGUCGUCUUCUCCUCAGAUUGUGAAUUGCGUUUGCUCUGUUUUGUAUCGACCUCUUUAUAAUCAGUGUUACUCUGCAGAGAGCUGCUAUAGGUAAAGGCUCUCCAUGUAGUCCCCAACCACCUGUCUGUAUGCAAAGGGGAAAACACACUAUAUAUGCAUGAGAGUAUGCAUAUGCUAAAGCUAACGUGUUCUUGCGAGUGUUUGUCACGUCUGUGGUUUUUGAUGCACCUUUUCGCUCAUGUGUGGACGCUGCUUCGCUGGUCUCGUUUUGGCUCCGUCUGCUUGGCAAAAACGUCUCGUUCCUGCUGGAGUUCACCCCACUGUCCUCUUCUCAGGGUAUCGGAUCAUUUGAAGCACUUGGGAUAUCCGUAAAUGUUUCAGGAGCUCCUCCCCCCUCCCAGACCGCCUCCUGCUCUGGAUCUGUGCGAUUAGAGGAGCGCCCCCCCAGGAGACAGAAUGUGAACCAGCAGCGAGAGCUCCAGCAGACGAAGCACGACUUCAAACAUCUGUGAUGAGGUGAAACACAAAGAAGCACCGGUGGCCUCUGCCGCCCCGAGUGCUGCUGGCACAGAGAGUCGGCCCGGACCGUCACUACAGCGGAGGAGGUCAGAGACGCCCCUCGCCGUGUUUUUGGACAGGAAAAGCCUUCAUUUGACGUCCUCCUCAUCCUCUCCAGUGUUUUGCUGUGUUCCCUUUAAGGGCUUAUGCAUAUAAGAAAAACAAAUUAUUUAUAUCUUAAUUUAAUUUGAUCUACUUCCAGGUGUUGGAGGUUUUUCUGUUUUGGAUCUUUGUGUUCCCAGAUUUUGGGAGAGCCAAUGUUAAAAGUGUACAUGUGAAUGUUGGGGUCUCUGCCUUUUUAUGUUUAAAAAAAAAAGAUGUGAAGGUGGAAGCUAGACAGACCAAGUUAAACUAAAGGUUUACUCUGCAAAGAACUUUUUCAUCAGUGCCAAAAAGCAUCAGGGUGUGCGUGAGUGCCCAAACCUGUGGACACGCCCACCUCUGCGUCUAGAGAGGACUGAACUGUUCCGGCGUGGGACGGAGAGCAGAGCCUGCGUUUGGUUUCCUCACAGUCGGGAGUUUUAUUUCAGCACAUUUUUAUUUAGCUAAUGUUGUUGGCAUUGUAGCUUCAGCAGUAUUCCCAAGUCCUGUGUGGUUUGGAGCUUUUUACUACUAUAUAUUUAUAUAUAUAUAGAAAUAUUCAGACAACUGAGGGACGCAUUUCUUACAGAAGUUUGAGCAUUUAAGGAUUGCCCAACAGUCUUCUAAGUGAAGAGUUUUCCAGACAAUGGCAAUAAUGUGUUUUUUUUUACUAAAUGAAAAAGGUUUUUGUUUGUUUGCUGUUACUUUGUCCUUUCAGAGGUUUGCUGUGAGAGCAGAAAAACACAAAAAAUCAAUCUGAAGAUGAGGCGUGUUACUGAUGGGUGUUUGUACAGUUCAGCUCAUGUCGGCCUUACUGUCUAUUCCUUCCCUGUUGAUGUUUUUCAGUUGUAUUCUGUACAAAAAUAUUUUGCAAUAAAACAGAACUGUUUUUAUAAA